CAUGAGCUCCAAAAAUCUUAUCCAGUUUCUUUAACUACUAACCCCCAUAUAUCAUUAUAUCCCCCUUCUUAUCAUCUCCACCACUAAAAUAUCCAGUUUUGUACGGAAAGAAUUGAAGAUGUUCGAGCACAUAACAGCAAACGAAAUUGCAGGCUAUGGAGUAGGUGCUUUGCUACUCUGUUCCACCAUUUAUGCCCCCAAGAUUGACUCUUUGGUAGCUGCUUCUCAGCGCAGCUCGUUGGGCAUGUGCAAGAGAUGCGGCGAUCUGAAGCUGAUAGCUUGUAGGAAAUGUAAGGGGUCUGGGUUUAUUAAACAAGGGGGAGGACCAUUCAGUCUCAUCUUUGCUAAUGAUGAUCCUAAUUACCAAUUAGUUGGCUCAAAAUCAAGAAUAACACACUCUUCUUGCUCCGAGUGUAAAGCUAGAGGCCAUUUUCUGUGCCCAGACUGCCCAAAGCUGCCCCAAUCUUGAUCUUCUGCGUUUCACCCUCAGCUUAUGUCAUGUAUUAUUGUUUUCCCCUCUUAUCUGCUUUGUGUUUAAGGAUUUAUAUUUCUUCUACAGCCUUGAGACAUAAGGAUUAGUCUUAAUUACAUGAUUGUCCAUAUUGCUUUUCUAUUCUUUUUGAGUAAGAAGGAAACUCAUACUCACUAUUGACUGU